AUGAGGAGCGAACAAAAUCGACGACAAUACAUUGCGCAUGAGGAAUACUACCCGACGCCAUUCACGAAACCACUCCCCAACGUGCUGUGUAUCUUCAUGGAAUAUGCGCGCCAAGACUUUCCGCUAUGUUUUCGAUCAGUUGUCGCGGAAAGUCCGAAUCUCGGGCUGUGGACACACCCGUACACCUUCAAGGCACCCAACAAUACGUGGUCCUUGAGAGUCCUGCACGGCGUGGUGAAGCAGAUCCACACAUUUCAGUGGAAUGAGUUGGUGAGGCAGGGACAGGAGCAGUACUAUGAGAGCUGGAGGGAUGACACCAGAUGGGAUGCCAGUGCUGCAGGUGCACGAGAAGAGCUCUGCAUGCGCAUGGCAGCAUGGCGAAGUGCAAGUGAAAAUGUCCGAGGGAACGUAUUGGGGGAUAUAUACUUGGAGUGGGGAGCGAAGAUAAUCUGCUGCCUAAGCAAGGAGUUAGAUGUCAGGUGUAAAGGAGUUUCUGCAUACGAUGAGGAACACCACGAUGGAAAAUUGCCAUUCCAGCGUAUGAACAUGCGGUAG